AUAAGCAAGCAGCAGCUCCAGACAAUCAAAGAUCGUUUCCAGGCCUUUCUCAACGGAGAAACCCAGAUUGUGGCAGAUGAAGCAUUUAUAAACGCUGUCCAGAGCUACUACGAGGUAUUCCUGAAGAGCGACCGCGUUGCCAGGAUGGUGCAGAGUGGAGGGUGCUCAGCGAAUGACUCCCGGGAGGUCUUCAAGAAGCACAUUGAGAAGAGGGUGCGGAGCCUGCCAGAAAUUGAUGGCCUCAGCAAGGAGACGGUGCUGAGCUCCUGGAUGGCAAAGUUUGAUGCCAUUUACCGUGGGGAGGAGGAUCCCCGCAAGCAGCAGGCCAGGAUGACGGCGAGCGCUGCCUCGGAGCUCAUCCUCAGCAAGGAGCAGCUCUACGAGAUGUUCCAGAACAUUUUGGGGAUCAAGAAAUUUGAGCAUCAGCUUCUGUACAAUGCGUGUCAGCUGGACAACCCAGAUGAGCAAGCAGCACAGAUCAGACGCGAGUUAGAUGGACGUCUCCAAAUGGCAGAGCAAAUUGCCAAGGAGCGAAAGUUCCCGAAGUUUGUGUCCAAAGAGAUGGAAAACAUGUACAUCGAGGAGCUGAAGUCGUCUGUCAACCUCCUGAUGGCAAACCUGGAGAGCAUGCCUGUGUCCAAAGGAGGCUCUGACUUCAAGCUGCAGAAGCUGAAACGUAGUCACAACACCUCUAUAAUUGACAUGGGGGAAGAAAACGAGAACCAGCUUUCCAAGUCAGACGUCGUGUUGUCGUUCUCUCUGGAGGUUGUUAUCAUGGAGGUGCAGGGUCUGAAGUCGCUGGCCCCCAACCGCAUUGUCUACUGCACCAUGGAAGUCGAAGGUGGGGAGAAGCUGCAGACUGACCAGGCUGAAGCCUCAAAGCCAACCUGGGGCACCCAAGGAGACUUCACAACAACACACGCGCUUCCUGCAGUCAAGGUGAAGCUGUUCACGGAGAGCACGGGAGUGCUGGCUCUGGAGGACAAAGAGCUCGGGAGGGUUGUUCUCCACCCUACUCCCAAUAGCCCAAAGCAAUCAGAAUGGCACAAAAUGACUGUUUCCAAAAACUGCCCGGAUCAAGACCUGAAGAUUAAGCUUGCUGUGCGAAUGGAUAAGCCUCAAAACAUGAAGCACUCUGGGUAUUUAUGGGCCAUUGGUAAAAAUGUUUGGAAGAGAUGGAAGAAACGAUUCUUUGUCCUGGUCCAGGUUAGUCAAUAUACAUUUGCUAUGUGCAGCUACCGGGAGAAAAAAGCUGAACCUCAAGAGCUGCUGCAGCUCGACGGAUACACUGUGGACUACACCGACCCGCAGCCAGGUUUGGAGGGCGGCAGAGCAUUCUUCAACGCUGUGAAGGAAGGAGACACGGUGAUUUUUGCAAGUGACGAUGAGCAGGACCGUAUCCUGUGGGUCCAAGCCAUGUACCGAGCCACCGGCCAGUCUCACAAACCUGUGCCGCCUACCCAAGUGCAAAAGCUAAAUGCUAAAGGAGGGAAUGUACCCCAGCUAGACGCCCCGAUCUCUCAAUUUUAUGCAGAUAGAGCUCAAAAGCAUGGCAUGGAUGAAUUUAUCUCUUCCAAUCCCUGUAACUUUGACCACGCUUCACUCUUUGAGAUGGUUCAGCGCCUCACUUUGGACCACAGACUUAAUGAUUCCUAUUCUUGUCUGGGCUGGUUUAGUCCUGGCCAGGUCUUUGUGCUAGAUGAGUAUUGUGCACGUAAUGGAGUGAGAGGCUGUCACAGACAUCUCUGCUACCUCAGAGAUUUGCUAGAGCGCGCAGAAAACGGAGCUAUGAUUGACCCCACCUUACUUCACUACAGCUUUGCCUUUUGUGCAUCACAUGUUCAUGGCAACAGGCCCGAUGGGAUAGGAACUGUGACCGUAGACGAGAAAGAGCGUUUCGAAGAGAUCAAGGAGCGGCUCCGUUUGCUUCUGGAGAAUCAGAUCACGCAUUUUAGGUACUGCUUUCCAUUUGGCCGUCCAGAAGGUGCGCUAAAAGCUACUUUAUCGCUGCUGGAAAGGGUUCUGAUGAAAGACAUAGUUACUCCGGUCCCUCAAGAGGAGGUAAAAACAGUCAUCCGUAAAUGCUUGGAGCAAGCAGCUCUAGUCAAUUAUACUCGACUAUCAGAGUAUGCCAAAAUUGAAGAGAAUCAAAAGGACGCAGAGAAUGUAGGCCGGUUAGUCACACCAGCUAAAAAGUUAGAAGAUACAAUACGUCUGGCAGAGUUGGUAAUUGAAGUCCUACAGCAAAACGAAGAACACCAUGCAGAGGGGAAAGAGGCCUUUGCUUGGUGGUCAGACCUAAUGGUUGAGCACGCGGAGACCUUCCUGUCACUGUUUGCAGUGGAUAUGGACGCUGCGUUAGAGGUGCAACCCCCAGACACCUGGGACAGCUUUCCGCUCUUUCAGCUCCUAAACGAUUCCCUCCGUAGUGACUAUAAUUUGUGCAAUGGAAAAUUCCACAAACACCUCCAAGACCUGUUUGCUCCACUUGUUGUUAGAUAUGUCGAUCUGAUGGAGUCCUCAAUUGCACAGUCAAUUCACAGGGGCUUUGAGCGGGAGUCAUGGGAGCCAGUAAAGAGUUUAACAAGUAAUCUGCCCAAUGUGAAUCUACCAAAUGUGAAUCUCCCUAAAGUACCAAAUCUACCAGUUAACAUCCCGCUAGGCAUCCCACAAAUGCCUAGCUUUUCUGCACCGUCAUGGAUGGCUGCUAUUUAUGAUUCUGACAAUGGAUCAGGCACCUCGGAAGAUCUGUUCUGGAAACUCGAUGCCCUACAGACCUUCAUUCGGGAUUUGCACUGGCCUGAGGAGGAGUUUGGAAAACACUUAGAGCAACGCUUGAAGCUUAUGGCGAGUGACAUGAUCGAGUCCUGCGUGAAAAGAACCAGGAUUGCAUUUGAAGUAAAGCUGCAGAAAACCAGCCGAUCAACAGAUUUCCGAGUCCCUCAAUCAAUAUGUACCAUGUUUAAUGUCAUGGUGGAUGCCAAAGCUCAGUCAACAAAGCUUUGCAGUAUGGAAAUGGGCCAAGAGCACCAGUACCAUUCAAAAAUAGAUGAACUAAUUGAGGAAACCGUCAAAGAAAUGAUAACACUCCUAGUGGCAAAGUUUGUCACCAUUUUGGAAGGAGUCUUGGCCAAACUGUCUAGAUACGAUGAAGGAACUCUGUUUUCUUCUUUCCUGUCAUUUACUGUGAAGGCUGCUUCCAAAUACGUGGAUGUACCCAAGCCGGGGAUGGAUGUUGCUGAUGCCUAUGUGACAUUUGUCCGCCACUCUCAGGAUGUCCUGCGUGAUAAGGUCAAUGAGGAGAUGUAUAUAGAAAGGUUAUUUGAU